AUGGAGAUCUCUGCGAGUUUUACGCUGUUGCUGCUCCUCGGCUCCGUCUCCCCAAGUGAAAGUGUUGAAUGCCGGCAGGCUUCUCCUCCAGAUAUCUACGCUGAGCUGAGAGAGAUCACCGCCUCGUUGGUUCAACUGCAGACCAACAUGACGCUGCUGCAAAGAGAGACUACAGUGGACAAGCAGAAGACUGAAGUGGACAAGCUGAAGACUGAAGUGGAUAAGCAGAAGACUGAACAGAAGACUGACGUGGAUAUGCAGAAGACUGAAGUGGACAGGCAGAAGCGACAACAGCAAGUCCGACAGGUGGCGUUCUCAGCCGCUCUGCUGCCUGGAGGCCAAACAGCAAAUAUUGGACCCUUUUCCACGGACACUACCCUGAUCUUCAAACACGUCGUCACCAACAUUGGAAAUGCCUACAACCCAAACACAGGUCUGUUCACUGCCCCGGUGAGAGGAGCGUACAACUUUGAGUGGACGGUGGGUUCAUUCAGAGAUGGCGAGAAAUCAGGAGGUUGGUUGGUCAAGAACUCAGAGUAUGUCUUCUUGGCAUACAAGCAAGGGGCCGGUUUUCUGACUUCUUCUAAAGCCGCUACGCUGUUGCUGCAGGUGGGAGACGUCGUGUCUGUGCGUCUGAUGGUUAAAACUGCUGUGUUUGACAAUGGAAAUCACCACACCACCUUCAGUGGGUUUCUGCUGUUCCCCAUGUAAGACAGAAACAGCAGCUCUGUGAUAGUCACGCAGGUUUUUGUUGUCUUAAACAAGUCUUCAUAGCACUUCAUUGAUUUAAACUGAUUUCAUCUGU